AUGAAUUCCUACCGAGGAUCGUUGCUGGCAAAACAUCUUGCGCUUAUCGCCAUAAUCAUAGCCUUAAACUUCACUCAAGUUUCAGGAACUCUAGCCGUGUCUAAAUGUUCGAAAGGUCGACUUUUAGCAGAACAAUCUAAGGACUUGGGAGAUACGGCGAGAGUAGAUCCAUUAGAUGGCUUGAACAAAUAUCGCGGAGGAUAUAACAUAACAAACAAGCAUUACUGGAGUUCGACUACUUUUACAAGCAUAUAUGGAAUAGCCAUUGCAGUCGUAUGGCUCCUAUGUGGUAUUUUAUAUGGACUAUUCGCUCUUUAUGGCCAUUUCAGAGCAGCUUGUGGAAUGGUUUUUGGAGGGAACAAAAUGUUCUACGUUAGAGCUGAGAAGAUCGUGGGCGUGGUUUCGGAUACAGCAAAUGAGGCGACAGACUCCAUAAGCCUCAUAAGUGGAGCAUUCAAGCACAUCAACAGCAGUUUGCUGCAAGUCGGUUCGAGCAAUAAAGCCACUGAGUUCCUUUACUCCACGACGCGCGAGCUUGAUGGUCGCUCAGCCGAGUUGCAGCAACAGGCCUCCCACAUAACAUACUUGAUCCGAAAGGGCCUUCACACAGUAUACGAUUAUUACAGCGACGGUUUCGGUAAUUUUGAUCUUUGUAGUUGCUUUACUUGCCUUGUCGUGAUUUGCUGGAUUUUUGUGACCAUCACGUGGUUGUUCUUCGGGGUGUACUUCUUCUUCGACAACUUAGCAGGAGACACAUGCACAGCGUUGGAAGGGUUCGAAAGGGAUCCUUACAACAACAGCCUUAGCGCAGUUCUGCCUUGCGACAAACUGAGAUCUGCCCAGUCAGUCCUCAUCAAUGUCGGCAAAGGCAUACACGAUUCUGUCAACAAGGUGAAUGAAAACAUAACAGCUUCAUACGGCGACAUUCUGCAGUUCUGCAAUCCCUUCGCCUCUGCACCUAUGUACGAUUACGAGCCAUGGAACUGUCCCCCCUCCUCUACCAAAAUCGGAGACAUCCCACGGGUACUAAGAAUGGUAGCUUGUCCGGACGACGAGGUAAAAACUUGCAAUGGAGGAAUCAUGAUCCGAGGCACCUACUUCAGGAUGGUGCAAGCAUACUCAGUUGCAAUACAAAGGCUGCUCGACGUAUACCCUGAGAUGGAAAACAUAAUCGAAUGCCGGCUAAUCAAAGAUGCCUUCUCCAAGAUCCUCGACAAUCAUUGCAAGCCCUUGAAAAAAUCACUACAUAUGAUAUGGGGAUCGUUUGUAGCUCUCUCGAUUGUGCUCAUGGUUUUGCUUAUCAUUUGGAUCGCGGCAGCUCAUCGCCAUCAAGAUCAGACCAGCACUCGUCCGCGGGCUCUUUGA